AUAUACAGAAAGUUGUUUGUCAUAUGUUCGUUAUAAAAUAGACAUAUGACAUACAAAAUUAUAAUUACAUAAAUACUGCUUAAUUAAUAAAAAAAAAGGUCUUUCAUUGAAAUGCCGUCAAACAGCUUGACGAUCAGCAGUACUUAUACCUCUAUGUAAUACAUCUACUGCGGGUGAUAAAUUUCGUAUCUGUAAAUCACUCCUUAUCUUAGUUAACGUAGACCCAAAAAUCGCUAGAGUUACUAUUCUGAAGUUCUCUGUCACCGCAUUAUAUUUUGCUUGACAGUACGUGACUAUUAAUACCCGUAUUUAUAAUAUAUCAAGUGGAACCUGAACUUAAAAUAAAGGUUUAGUUAAUACGUUAUUUUAUUAAUAGGCUCUAUAUUUGAAUUAUAGUUUAUCAAAUUUAUCAAUCGUUAUGUUUCAUAAAUCUUAAGUAAGCAAUAAAUACUUUAAAAUCUAAUACCUAAAUCAUCCAAUGAUAAUAAAAAAUGUACGAGUUAAGGUUUGGGGUAGAAUAAUUUACAGUUUGUCCACUAGGCAGCGUCUUCAUAAUCAAACAUUUUGUAAGGUAAUGUGUAUACUAUUUGUUGUGUGCCUGAAUUUAAAUUCUUUUAUUUAACUUUUAGUAAUUAAAAUUAAAAUACCCAAAGAUAAUGUCUUGUUUGAUAUUUAAAAGUAUCUACAUGUAACCUUAGUGCGAUCGAUAUCCAAAAUUGCUGAGUUCACGACAAGAAAGAACUACUUAAACCCUGAUCGAUCCACUUUCCCAUUAGUGUUAGGUUUCUUUGUUUAGUUUACUUCACAUUUAGUUAAGAAUUUUUCUUAAAAUACCUUCUUUAUUCCUUACUCCUUACUAAAGUUUUCAUUUUUGCCAAAGUUUCUGAAACUUUUAAUAAAUCUUAGGAACUGCAGAGAUCAAGUAUGAGUACUGAUUCAGAAUAUCCAGUUUGGGCCCUUUUACCAAAAAAAGAAACAGGUGUCACUGCAUUUAUUAAUAAAUUCCCAGAGUAUGAUGGUAGAGGUGUUGUGAUUGGAAUAUUCGAUUCUGGUGUUGAUCCUGGUGCAGCUGGUUUACAGACUACAAGUGACGGCAAAGUUAAAGUUAUUGGCCGCUUUGACUGCACUGGUGCUGGUGAUGUUGAUACAUCUACAGUUGUCCAAGCUAAGAAUGGAGAAUUAACCGGGCUUUCAGGGAGAACAUUAAAGAUUCCACCUAGUUGGAAAAACCCAUCUGGAAAUUUCCAUAUUGGAAUCAAAAAUGGUUAUGAACUAUAUCCAAAAACAUUGCUGGAUCGAAUUGUCAAGGAAAGGAAAGAUAAGAAAUGGGAUCCUAUUUUCAAAACAGCAAUGGCAGAAGCCAAUCGUAAACUGUUUGAAAUUACCAAGAAUACAGAUGUUGUUAAAUCUACUACAAGGACCGAAAAAUUAAACAAGGAAGAUGUUGACUGUCAAAUAGAAUGUUUAAACCAAUUUGAAAAGAAGUAUAGUGAUGUUGGUCCAGUAUAUGAUUGUGUUGUAUUUCAUGAUGGUGAAUCCUGGAGUGCCUGUCUAGAUACUAGUGAGGAGGGUGAUCUUGAGAAGUGCCAUCUUUUAAAAGAUUAUUCCACAAGUUACCAGUUUCAGUCUUUGUCUGAUGAUGAUUUAUUGAACUAUUCUGUGAAUAUUUUUGAUGAAGGAAACCUAUUAGAAAUUACAUCAGUUUCAUCUGGUCAUGGAACUCAUGUGGCAUCUAUAGCAGCUGCUCACUUCCCAGAUGAACCUGAAAAGAAUGGCAUUGCUCCAGGAGCACAAAUUAUAUCAUUUUCAAUUGGAGAUAUUAGGUUAGACACGAUGGAAACUGGAACUGCUAUUGUUAGAGCCAUGAUAAGAGUAAUGGAAUCAAGAUCAUCUAGUACUCCUGUAGAUGUAAUCAAUAUGAGCUAUGGUGAACAUCCUCAUUGGGCUUGUUCUGGUCGAAUUGGAGAGUUGAUGAAUGAAGUUGUUGAUAAGUAUGGAAUAUGUUGGGUAGCCGCUGGUGGCAAUCAUGGCCCAGCACUUUGUACAAUUGGUACUCCUCCUAAUAUUUCAUCAAAUAAUAUCAUAGGAGUGGGAGCAUAUGUAUCACCAGAAAUGAUGGAAACCGAAUAUUCUCUUCGUAAAAAAUCACCAGGAUUACCAUACACUUGGACUUCCCGUGGCCCUACAAUCGAUGGUGCUCGUGGAAUAUGUGUUUGCGCUCCUGGAGGAGCAAUUACCUCUGUACCUCAGUACACGCUCCGCCAUGCUCAGCUUUUAAAUGGAACUAGUAUGGCAUCGCCUCAUGUUGCUGGAGCAGUCUCUGUGUUAUUGUCGGGAAUGAAACAAAGAAACUUGCCAUUUUCUCCUUAUUCUGUGAUACAAGCUCUUACUAAUUCAGCGAAGUAUAUGAUUGAUCUGGACCAUUUUUCUCAAGGGCAUGGUUUACUGCAGGUUGAAAAAGCUUUUGAUCAUCUUGUAAACUAUUGUGAAGAACCUGAAAGACGUGUCAGAUUCCAUGUGACUUGUGGCAAUGGAUCGCAAAAGGGUAUUCAUCUCAGAGCUGGUAUAUCAGAUAAACCAAGAGAUUACCAAGUUAACAUUGAACCUGUAUUUGCAAAUGCCCAUAAACUUGAUUCUAGAGAAAAGCUUGGAUUCCAAAUGAGCAUAGCAUUGGGUUGCUCUGAACCUUGGGUUUCUCAUCCCAAACAUGUUGAAAUGACAAAUAUUGCUAGAAGUAUUCAAGUUCAUGUUGAUCCCACUGGUCUCGCUCCUGGAGUGCACUACGCUACAUUGAAGGGAUAUGAUGUUAAAUGCCCAGAUAAAGGACCUGUGUUCAACUUUGAAAUCACCGUUGUUGUUCCGCAUAUAUUCACCAGCAUGACCUCACCUCCCCAAUUGAAGUAUUCUUCAGUUUUAUUCAAAGCUGGUGAAAUUCAUAGACAUUUCUUGAUGGUCCCUGAUCAAGUAUCCUACGCAGUCGUGAAGUUAAAUGUCCUUAAUGAUGAUAAAGGAGGGAAUUUCAUUAUUCACGGUGUACAGCUGAGACCUAAAAGAGCCUGCAAAACAUUAGAGUUCCACAAAAUGGUCACUGCCAGCCCUCACACAGAAGCUUCUGUCUCGUUUAAAGUCAAGGGUGGUCUCAUUUUGGAAGUAGCCAUUGCCAAGACAUGGAUGGACCAGGAUCCUUGCAAUUUAGAUUACUCUAUAGGAUUGUACGGAUGUAGACCUGAAAGCGAUAAUUUUACCAUGCAUCAUGGUGAGGGUAUUAUGGUACUCGAAGUUCUUGGUGGCCUUCAGAGUGAAGAAGUUUUCCCAUCAGUUCAGUUCCGUCAUAAUGUUUUCAUGCUAAAACCGACGGAUUCGAAGAUCUCCCCGCUUAUUUCAUUUAGAGAUAUUAUCCCACCUUCAAGGCAUAUUUAUCAGUUGAUAUUGACCUACAAUUUGCACGUUCCAAAACAGACUGAAGUCACUCCAAGCUGCUCUCUCUUGUCUGAUCUCCUUUAUGAGAACGAAUAUGAAUCACAGCUGUGGAUGUUGUUCGAUAGCAAUAAACAGCUUUUAGCUUCAGGGGAUGCUUAUCCUUGCAAGUAUACAGUGAAAUUAGAGAAGGGUGAUUAUGUUAUAAAACUCCAAAUUCGUCAUGAGAAACGUGAACUGCUUGAAAAGCUUACGGAACUUCAGAUGCAAAUUCAAUGUAAACUGCCUAGCCCGAUCAGUUUAGACAUCUACCCGUCGCAUUCUCAAGCUCUUAUUUGGGGGAAGAAACUGUCAGGAGCUACCAUACCCUGUGGAAGAUACAGAUUGCCACUUUAUGUCGCUCCUCUUCAUGGAGAAAAAACUCUGAAAAACAUCACUGUAGGGCAGUACCUGCUUGGUCAGUUGACACUGUCGAAGAACGAUCUGGGGAAAAAAGUUGAUACUUAUUGCUUCAAAUACAUCCUUGGCGAUCUUACAAAUAAGAAAAAUUCAACUGGUAAUCAUAAAGCGGAUAAGACAAAAUGGGAAGAGUAUCAAGAAGCCUUAAGAGAUCUCAAGGCAAAUUGGCUUUCAAAAAUGGAUGAUAUCAAUGAUGAUUUAAAAAAAAAAAGAGAGAUUGUUCAGAUGAGACUUUAUCUGAAAAGAGGAUUAGUCAAGGCACACACACAUAGUUAUAACAAAAAGAGAGAUAACUGGUAAUUCUAAAAUUGUACAAAUAUGAUGCAAAAAAAAAUUAUAAAAUGUUUGUCAUUGAUGAACUAAAUUUCUAAAACAUCUGUCUGCCGCUUUCUCUGUUAGCUUUGAGUUCAAUAAGGGAUGCAGGAAAAAAAUUAAAAUGUGGAUUAUCUCUUUUUGUUAGUAGAAGUCUUAUUUAGAAACUUUAAUUCAAUAGUAUUAGAUAGGAAAAUUCAAGUAUGUCGAUAACAUUCGAUAGGUAGAUAGAAAUUCAAUCAUCUGGAAUCAAUUCACUUUUUUAUAGUACAGAAGUUAAUGUUAACUUUUUUUUAUUUUUCAGAUAAAAAAGAAGAUGCGGAUACUUUAUAUGAAGAAAUAAAAAAAGAAUUUCCUACUCAUGUUGCAACACACAGCAGCAUGAUGGCUGCAUUAGAACCUGAUUCCAAGCGCUUCUAUCCAGGCAUGGAGGAGACUAAGGAAUCUAUGGAAAUAUCCAAGCAUAUUGAAGAGAUUGCUGCGGCAGUGUGCAACGAAAUAGAUACAAAUGAAUUGUUGGUUCAUCUUGGAAUCAAAACUGAUCAUCGACUUGAUGCAGCUGUUAUUAAAACGUCCAUGGAACGACAAAAGACAGCUUUAAUUGAUGCACUAUGUAGAAAGGGUGUUGCAGCUUCUAGAACUUUGUUUUAUAAUCUUAAAAACCAAACUGGAGAUGCCGAUGUUAGUAGUAGUUCUGAAGCUAUCGAUGAAUUAUGGUUGAAUCUACUCAAAUAUGUUGACCAAACUGAUUUUAAGACUAUUGGAUACUUUGGCAUGUGGCAUGCUGCUGUUCAUAACAAUUACGGACGCCUGUUGAAGUACGCCAUCAAAUUACAGGAAGAAAAGUCCACUAAGGAACUUGAGAACUGCAUAAUUUGGGCUGCUAAUAAGCUUGGAUGGGAGUUCUAUUCUCAACACAUUUCAAGAUCUACAUUGGUUCGCUUUCCGCCCUCAUAUAGGCUCUUCUGAGCUCAAUAAUUUAUUAUAUUCAGAUGUACAUAAAUUAUUUAUUGUAUAUAACAUUCAGAUAAUAAAUUUUUUAAAGAUUUUCUUUCAUUUGUUAGAGUUGAUUACCUCAUUUAUUUAUCCCAACAUAUUGUAUUAUCUCUCUUGUAUUUUACAAAUAAUAAUAAUAA